CUCUCUCUACCAAUAUAAAUACUUGCCACCCUGAUCUCCUUGCUCUUACUAGAAAAUUUCUACGAAAACAUAAAUUAAGAUGGCACUUCGAUGGUUUCUCGGGAUAGUUACGACUCAGAUUGUAGCCCAGCCGACCGGCGACGGUAGUUCGGAAGAAGCUCAAAAGAAGAAGAAGAUCGCCGGAGAGCUCAAAGCGACGGCCGGCGUUCACUGCGGGUAUGAAGAGGGUUUUAGGAUGCCGCUGCGUUAUCCUCGGUACAAGAAGGAGGAUUAUGAGAGGAUGGAGGAGUGGAGGGUGGACAAUCUGCUAAUGCAGUACGGAUUGGCUUGUGAGGGGUCAGUUGAAGAGAAGAGGGCUUUCGCUAUGGGCACUUUCUUGUGGCCUGACCAGUUUUAAGGGAGAUUUUUCUUAGUCUUUAAUUAUUAGCCAUAAAUGUUUUGUUGAAGAUGAUGAAGUUUCUGAUUCAAAUGUGAUGGGGUCAACGGGUCCAAAUGGAGAAAAAAAAGAAGAAAUCGAUGAUGGAAAUCCUCAGAUCUACUGAUUCCCUAGCUGAUCCUCCUCUUCCUCAGGCCAAUUCUCAGAUUGGUGUUAGAUCUCGAAAUCUCUGUAAGUCUCAAAGUUCUUCUAAUGGUGCUGGUAGUUGUUCUAGGGUCUCUUGGGCUGAUGAGGUGGAAUCUCCUAGAUCUCCUAUGUCUCAUCUCUUUUCUAUUGAUUCCAUGAAGAAAACUAGCUCUGAUUCUUCGAUUUUAAUUUCUGAUAAAAAUACUGUUCCAUUGAAACCUGUGGAGUUUACUGUGGAAGAGGUUUGUACUGAACUUAAAGAUAAUUCCUCCCCUUCAGUUC